UGUGCGGAAAGCCUAAAUUCUGGUUAAAAAAACUGUAUUAUAUUGAUAUACAUGUAUUUAUAAAUUAUCAAUACCAAAAACUAAAUGAAUUAAGAUAAUCAUGUAGUUCCAUACAGUGGAAUGAGUUUUGGAAUGUAUUUAUAGUGAAAGUUCAAGAUAUAAUAAUAAUAAAUUGGGAUAUAUUAAAAAGUAUUUCAUGUUCUGGAAAGAUAAAAGCAAUACAUGGGUAAUAUGAAUUGAAUAGACAACUGGUAUGGAAAUGCAGUAUUCUGCUAUGACAUUUGAUGAAGGCGAAAAGUAAAUAAACGUACAACAAGAAAAAAUUUAAGGUGAAAUAGUAAGACUUGGCUUGAAAAGGAAACUUGAAAUAAAUUAUAUAUUUAUUAAUACAAAAGUAAAAGAGCCAAUAUCUGAAUUAAGCCGCAUCCAAAAAGUAGGAAAAAAUUCAUCUGUAAUGUAAUAAAUGUAUGUUCCUACCAGCAUAUAUGUGUAUGGAAUUGCUUCAAAUUAAACUUCUAACAGGUUCAUAAUAAUACAACAAUGAUGGAUUAAAGUUAAACUAACAAAAAAUUAGCUAAGCAAUUAUUGGCGAAAAUUUAAUACAGAAAAUUUAAGGCAAGUUGUGUAGUGUGCAAAUUCGAAUGCGAUGGAAGUUUUGAAGAUGUACUCUUUUAUCUGGAGAACGAUAAUUGUUUUUAGUAGUGUAAUAAACAUAUUUGUAUUAACACAGCAAACACAACAGCAAGUUUGUCCGCAAGGUAAUGAAAUAGCACCAUGUGUGUGCACUGUAAAAAAAAAUGGAUUAGAUAUACUAUGCGAAGCUACAGAUUUGCAACAUAUUAGUAGUGCUAUGAGUGUUUUGAAAGGCCGAAGCCCAAUAAUAUUUUAUUUAAAACUUCGUCAUAAUAAUCUCCCAAAAUUACAAGGUUUCGUGUUUUUAGCACUCGAUAUAAGACAUUUAACUAUUCAUAACAGCAGUUUAGCAGCAAUAGAAGAAACAGCUCUAAGUUCAUUAGGAAAAGGGCUUACACAGCUUGACAUUUCUCAAAAUCAACUGAGUAAAGUUCCAACAAUUGCCAUUAAACACUUAUACCAGUUGUUAAUAUUAAAUUUAAAUCAUAAUAAAAUAGGUCAAAUUCAUAAAAAAGCUUUUGAAGGACUUGAAUCAUUAGAAAUUUUAACUCUAUAUGAAAACAAAAUCAAUUUGAUAGAGGAUGAAGCAUUUCGAGGAUUAGAGAAAAAGCUGAAGAGACUGAAUAUCGGCGGAAAUGAUUUAACAUCAAUUCCCAGAAAUGCUUUAUGUAUUUUAGAAACAUUAAAAAAGCUGGAAAUACAGGAAAAUAAAAUUACAGAAAUUUCAUCUGGAGAUUUUGAGGGUUUAAAGCAUUUGGAUUCAUUGAUAUUGGCACAUAAUCGUUUAUCUAGGAUUCCAUCAAAAGUGUUUAAUCACUUGAGUCAAUUGAAUUCUUUAGAAUUAGAAGGAAAUCAAAUUGUAUAUAUUGAUCCAGAAGCAUUUUUUGGUUUGGAAGAAAAUUUGCAAUACCUUCGUCUGGGUGAUAAUAAUAUUCAUGCAAUCCCAAGUGAAGCUCUUAGACCGUUACAUCGCCUUCGUCAUCUUGAUCUUCGUGCUAAUAAUAUUACUUCAAUAAGUGAGGAUGCAUUUAGUGGUUAUGGAGAUUCUUUGACAUUUUUAAAUUUACAAAAAAAUGAAAUAAAAGUGUUGCCUGGUUUGAUUUUUGAAAAUUUGAAUUCUUUGGAAUCUCUGAACCUUCAAAAUAACAAAUUGGAUCGAAUUCCUGAAGAUAUUGUGGAACCCUUGUUAGAUACGUUAAAAAUAGUUGAUAUUACUGAUAAUCCCCUAAUAUGCUCUUGUGAUUUAACUUGGUUCAGACAAUUAUUAGAAGAUCUUAAAGAUCGUGAUGACGAGAUGCAACAAAAAAAGAAACCAAUGUGUACGAUGGUUAAUGAAGGCCGCGAAUAUUAUGUACAAAUGAUGCCAGAAGAAAGAAUGGAUUGUUUCGGUAAAAAUUUAGGACGUGCAGCUUUCAGUAAAGGAAAUAUGCAAAUUACGCAAAUUUAUAUUUUUUAUAAGCAACCAAUUUUUCUAUACCCAGCUUAUUUAGUUUUUAGAAAUAUUUUAAAUUUUUAUGGAAGAAUUUAAAAAUUUUUAUAAAUUUUUUUCAAAUUUUCUCGCUUUUUUUAUAUAAGAAAUUUAAAUAAAAAAAAUAUUUAAAUGUUGUGUACUUUUUCAAAAAAAUACGAAAAAAUAGCUUGAAAAAUAGUACAUUUUUGUAGAAAAUUAUAAGUAAAGUUUAGAAUUUAAGGACAAUCUAAAUUAAUAUUAAGUAUUAUACCUGAUACCAAAAAUAAUAGCAAAAAAUAAGCUUAAUGUUCCUGCGGGGUAGAAGCUUGUUUAUUGUGCAAAAGAAAUUUUUAUUAAUUUUAGUUUUGUAUUUAAAAAAAAAAAUGUUUGAAGUCAGAUUUUUUUAAAAAUUUUGGAAAUAUUAUGUAGUUUUUUUUACUCUUAGAAUGAAAUAUGAGGUAUUGUGCCGGUUUCACAAUCUCUGCAAUUGAUAAUAUUGGUGAUAAUUUUGUUGAAAAUACUCGAAUGUUAGCCUUUAAAUUAUAUUACGCCAAAAUUAAAACUCUUCUAUGUUUUUAUAUGCUGCAGUUAAAAUAAUUCUUUAUUUCUUAUUUUUACAUACCUAUGUAUAAAACAGCAUUUUAAAUUUAAAGCUGGUUUGCCCUUUUAUAUUAAAAUCGAAAAUAAAACCGGAAUAUUUUAGAAAAUUUUCAUUUGCUCGCAUUAGAAUAAAGUUACAUAGUUUUUUUAAUAAUUACGAGUAUAUUAGAAAUAACCAUUGCAAAGCAACUCAUUUUAGAACUUAAGGAACAGCUUCAAAUAUUUUAUGAAAUAAUCUUUUUUUUUAAUUUAAAAUAAAAGCUAAUAAUAAAGAGUGAGGAUUUGAUAACAUUAGAAUAUUUUAAGAAAAAAUUUUUUCUUUACUAGUUAUUAAAUACUUUUAGUUGAUUAUUUUAUGAAAUUAAUGUAAUAUUUGUUGUACAUCUCACCAUUUUAGUAGAAAUUAUUUUAUGUCAAUUAAAAUUUGUAUUUAAUAAUGUAUAAACUGAAAUUUUUGUUGUAGAUUUAACUGCAGUCUGAAACGCUAAUGCUGUUUAUAAAAUCUAUAAUGAAAAUUUCAAAAUUCACACAAAAGUAUUUAAACAGAACCAUUAUAUUUAAAAAUUUUUGAUAUCAACAUACUCAAUUUAGAAAACUUAUAAAAUCUAGAUGCAUAUGUACCAUCAUUCCAGUCCUUUUAACUUGUAUGUAUUAGAAUUUUUGUUAAGAUAUUUUAAUUUUUAAAGAUGUACAUGCAUUUAUACAUUUAACAAACGUACAUUCAAAGGUAUAUUAUAAGAUGUGAACUUUAUGUUUAUACUUAUGUUGUUUCUUAAAUUUAUUUAAUGUUACUAAAUUAAGUUUUAAUUAAUGUGUUAACUAUUAAGAUACAAACUAUUUAGUAUCAAUUGUAAUUUUUUAGUAUUUUGUGAUUGGGAAAAUUUUCUCCACAUGAAUUAGAUUUAUAAUAAUGAUAAAAAAGAAAAACAAAAUCAAGUAUUUAUUAUGUAAUAUCAAUCAAAAUCGAAUUGAAAAAAAAUACAUACAUAUCAAUUUUAAAACAUAUCAUGCAACAAUUUUUUAGAAACAAAAAAUUAUAUU